AUGCACUGCGGUGCGCUGUCCCCGGUGCUGAUGCUGAGUGCAGCCCCUGAGCCACCGCCUCGUCCGCCGCCCUCCCGUUCCCCACCAGGCCCGGGCCCCCGCCAUGGCCCGGGCCCGGAGGCCUCGGGAGGCCCAGGCGGGGGAGCCCUGGAAAGCAGCCUCCGAGCCGCCGUGGCGUUCAAGGCCGAGGGCCAACGCUGUUACCGAGAGAAGAAGUUCCGCGAGGCUAUUGGCAAGUACCACCGGGCGUUGCUGCAGCUGAAAGCGGCACAGGGAGCCCGCCAGCCCGGCCCGGGCCCCGGCUCCGCGCCCCCGCGGCUCAGUGAGGAGCAGCGGCGCCUCAUGGAGAGCACAGAGGUGGAGUGCUAUGACAGCCUCACUGCGUGUCUGCUGCAGUCGGAGUUGGUGAACUACGAGAGGGUGCGGGAAUACUGCUUCAAGGUGCUGGAGAAGCAGCAGGACAACUUCAAGGCCACUUACCGGGCGGGCAUCGCCUUCUACCAUCUGGGCGACUACAGCCGCGCCCUGCGCUACCUACAGGAGGCCCGGAGCCGGGAACCCACAGACACCAACGUCCUUCGCUACAUCCAGCUGACCCAGCUGCGGAUGAGCCGCUGCAGCCGAGAGCGAGAAGGUGGGAGCAGCGAGGGGCCCGCCCGAGCUCGAGAUGUGAUUGGCUGA